AUGACGACCACGCGCAGGCUAUCGGGUCUGCAGGGUGGCAGCCACCAGCAGACAUCGCUCAUGCUCGACUCGUACGAAGCCUUCAAGCGCAAGCACCUCGCACAGAACAAGGAGAUCAUACAGAAGAACUCGGAGCUGCACAAGGCAAACGCAGACUUGCAGCGCCAGAUCUCGCUCAUGCGGGCCGAGCGCCUCUCGCUCAAGGGCACACAGUUCCAGCUCGAGUGCGAGAACGCUGCGCUGCGGGACAAGUUGGACCGGUCCGAGGACAGGGAGCGACGGUUGAUUGACGAGCGAGAUAGGCUCAAGCGGAAGGGCGGAGGCGUGCUGGACGAUGGACAGCUCGAGGCUAUGCAACGACUACUCGCCCAAACCAUCGCUCACCUCCAGGCUUUCGGCCUCAUGCUCCCUUCCUCCGCCUCCCUUGCCGCUUCCCCUGCGCAGUCGAACACAUCCUUCACCGCCCCCGGUCCCGCCGCCUCCGUCGUUCGCGACAGUGGCGACAAUACUUCUGCCGACCCUUCUACCGUGACGACCCGUCGCCGCUCUCUCGCAGCCGCUCGUGCUGCUCGUCCGUCCAUGACCGCUCCUCCCGACCUCAGCAACAUCACCGAAGGCGAGGGCAGUGCCGAGGAGGAAGAUUCCGCCGACCACUUGCGGAGAUCGCUGGAGUGGCGAGAACCGAUACUUGCGCAGAUGACUUCGGCUGCGUCUGCUGCUGCGUCUGCUGCAACCUCUCGCCGCUCGCCUUCGCCUACUCCGCCUCCUUCUCCGCCCCGACCUGGCCCCUCCACCUCUGCCUCGACAUCCGCUUCCACAUCCUCGUCGACCCUCACCCGGCCGCCCUCUCGCGCACCCCGCGCCCCGCCUAAAGCUCCCUCCUCAACAUCUCACGAAGCCCUCUCGGCCUCGCUCGUCUCGGACGGCGACGAAGGCAAACAAUCGCGCAAGAGGCGGAGCGAGCGACGAGUUUCGGGGAUGGUCAGGCCUCGACUUGGAGUGCUUGAAGGUCAGGAAGGAGAGGGGUAUGAUAUGCGCGAGGAGAAGGAGGAUGAGGCGGAGGAGAAGCAGGAGGAGGAGGACGAGGACGAGUGGGUCCCGCCGACGAGACCUCCGGCGGCGGCGAAGGGCAAGAGACGAGCAUCGACUAUCGGUCUUGAACCGGCUGCCGCUGAAGCGCCGAUGCCGUCGUCGAGAUCGACCCGGGCGCGAGGCGCGUCUGUCUCGCCAGCACCGGAGGAUCCUCAACCGGUCGCUGUUCAGCCGGGACCAUCGACAUCUCGCCCCGCGCUUAGGGAGAUCCAGUCACCCCCGCCCUCGAUGUCGACUGCGCCCGUCACUGCCACCAAACCAGCGAAGAGGGCAGUUGUCGAGCAACUUCAGCCUCGCCAGCCGCGCAAGACAUCAACUGCACCGUCCGCGUCCACAAAGUCCGCUACGGAUGUCGCAGAGAAGGAGGACGGACGGGGCGCGGCGUUGCUCAAGGCGAAGAAGGACGCUGUGCGGAAUCAGCGGGCCAAGCAGGCGGAGGAGGAGCAGGAGCGGUCGGAAGCGCAGGAUGGCGCGAACGACGAAGAGGAGGCGGAGGACCGGAGCGGGUCUGUGGCCGAGGAAACGGUGUCAGGUCCACGAUCGAGGAAGGCGCCAAAGAAGGUCGAGGAGCUAGAGGUGCUGUCGGAGGAGGGCGCGAACCUGCAACCGAACGAGCAGGACGAAGAGCCGGCUGCCGGUGGUCGUCGCGCUCGCAAGUCGGUCAACUAUGCGUUGCCGAAGCUCAAUACCAAGAUGCGCCGACCUGCGGACUACGUUCCCGUAACCAAGCCUUCGACCACAAACAAGCCUCGGAAGUCGACCAAGUCCGGCGGCCUCGUACCCUCGUCGGUCAGCUCGGCGCCCGUCUCGACUGCCUCGACAGAGUACGACGCCGACGAUACCCCUGCUCCUCGUACGGCUUCAUUGGCCGGCAAGAAACCCGCUGCUUCCACGUCCGACGAGUCCGACGCGGAAGAAGCGGUCGUCGUCUCGCGCUCGACUCGCACUUUCGACGCCAGCACGAGCAGCGAAGACGAGUGGAAUGAGCAGCAGUUCUUGCGGCGGUCGUCGAUCGUCCCUUCGGCGUCUUCGUCUCGCUCGCAAGCGGGCCAGGAUCUCGAGGAGCGGCGGCGGCAGCGACAGGCGCAGAAGGAGCAGCUGACUAGACUGGGUGGAUCAGGGAACGUCGGCGGAAGGAGACACUCGGUUGCGGUCUGA